AUGUUAACCACCGACCCUCCGCCACCCCCGGAAUCCCCUCUGCCUCCGCCCAGCCAAUGCUGGGAAUCCAAAGAAGGCCCGGCAGAGAGGGCUGGCCUGGCCCUGGGCCCCCAGGAGCCAGCCCCCCGGGCCUUCUCUCUCCCCCUCUCAGUGGGCAGGCCGGUGACCCCGUCCCCGAAGGGCAGGUGUCCGACACUCUCCGCAGAGGGGGCGACGGCCCCUCGGCCCCCGCGCCCUCCUCCAGGCGCAGCCGAGGCGCCGUCCGGGGUUUGCAAGGGAGGGAGGGAGGGAGGGAGGGGGGUGGGCGGCGGCGCGCAGCAGCCCCCGGGGCCUUGCAGCUCGGAGCCCCUCGGGCGGGGCGGCCAGGCCCCCCCGCUUACGCCGCUUCCGGUUGUGCAGCGGGCGCCUGGGCGGCGUCGGCGUCCCCCAGAUGGCGCGGGCAGCUGCGGCAGGGCUGGCGCCGCGAGGCCGGGCGCGGCGCUGCGAGGCGGCGCCAGCGCGGGCGGCGGGCGGGGGUCCCGGCGGGGCUGCGGCGGCCCGGGCAUGAGGCGCGCUCCGACGGCGCCGCCGCUGCUGGUGCUGCUGGUGCUGGUGCUGGUGGCGGUGGCGGUGCUGGGCGCGUCGCGGGGCUGCCGGCCGCCCGGCCCGCGCGCCCUGCAGGAGCAGGCGCGCUCGGCCGCCGUGGUGCUGGAGGGGCGCGUGCAGGCGGCGCCCAGCGGCGAGGCGGCGGCGGCGUCGUCGGGGCUGUGGGUGCGGGUGCUGGACGUGUGGCCCCAGCGCAGCGGCGGCCUGCGGCGCCAGCAGCUGGUGCGCGUGUCCGCCCCGCCGGCGCCCUGCUUCCAGGCCCGCCCCGACGGCCGCUACCUCUUCUUCCUGGAGCCCACCGAGCGGCCGCUCGUCUUCGCGCCCGCCUUCGCGCCCCUCGACGCCGCCGCCGCCAAGCACCUCAAGCGGGACGUGGCCCAGGCCCUCUGCGCCGGCUGCGCUGUCCCUCCCAAACUAAAGAAACUGAAGAGUCUCAGUGUGGAAGUGGGGGCAAAGAUUUCUUUGAAAUGUGAGGCCAGUGCAGGGAAUCCCCAGCCAUCCUACAAAUGGUUCAAAGACGGCAAAGAGCUGAAAAAGAGCAAAGAUGUCAGGAUCAAAUAUGGGAAUGGCAAAAAAAAUUCCAGAUUACAGUUGAAUAGGGUGAGAGUAGAAGAUGCAGGAGAAUAUAGCUGUGAAGCAGAGAACGUGCUGGGCAGGGACACAGUCAAAGGCACCAUCAGUGUGAAAAGUGUAAGUACAACUCUGUCCUCUGGGCCUGGACAUACCAGACAAUGCAACGAAACGGUCAAGUCUUAUUGUGUCAAUGGUGGAGUGUGCUACUACAUCGAAGGCAUCAAUCAGCUGUCCUGCAGAUGUCCAAAUGGAUUCUUCGGACAGAGAUGUUUGGAGAAACUGCCUUUGCGAUUGUACAUGCCAGAUCCUAAGCAAAAAGCUGAGGAGCUGUAUCAGAAGAGAGUUCUAACCAUUACCGGGAUUUGUGUUGCGUUGCUUGUUGUGGGAAUAGUGUGUGUGGUAGCUUACUGUAAAACCAAAAAACAGAGGAAUCAAAUGCAUAAUCAUUUAAGGCAAAAUAUGUGUCCAGCUCAUCAGAACAGGAACCUGGCCAAUGGACCCAGCCACCCUCGGCUGGACCCUGAGGAAAUUCAGAUGGCGGAUUAUAUGUCUAAAAACGUCCCGGUGACUGAGCACGUCAUACGAAGGGAGACAGAGACAACCUUUUCAGGGAGCCAUUCCUGUUCGCCAUCGCAUCGCUGUUCCACAGGGACUCCGACUUCAAGCCAAAGACACGAAAGCCACACUUGGAGCAUGGAACGGACGGAAAGCCUGACCUCGGAUUGCCAGUCGGGGAUCAUGUUAUCUUCCGUGGGGACCAGCAAGUGCAACAGCCCUGCCUGUGUGGAGGCCCGUGCGCGGCGGGAAGCCACCUUCUGCGUGGAGGACCAGCGGAGGCCAAUGACCCAGUACAGAGACUCGGUGGACUCCCUUCGAGACUCGCCGCACAGCGAGAGGUACGUAUCUGCCUUGACAACGCCAGCCCGCCUGUCCCCCGUUGACUUCCAUUGUUCCACAUCAGCCCACAUGCCCACCUUUGAGAUCACCUCUCCGAACUCGGCACAUGCAGUCUCGUUACCCCCUGCGGCAUCCAUUAGCUUCCAGGUGGAAGAGCAGCAGCCAUUGCUCAGAAGGUACCAGGUCCCUUUCCAAGAAAUGCAGAGAUACGAUAGUUACUACCAAAGAAGCAACUACCUGAACGAGAGCACAGGGAGCUUGCCCUCCAGCCCCUUCCGUAUCACAGAGGACGACGAGUACGAGACGACGCAAGAGUACAUCACCGCACUAGAACAUCCAAAGAGAAUAGGCAGCAGCAACAGGCGGUGGAAGAGAUCAAAACUCAACGGACAUCUGUCGCACAGGGGCAAAAUGCUCAGAGACUCCUUUUCGGUGAGCAGUGCCUCUUACAGUGAAUCUGACGAGGAGCUGGUAGCAGAGAGCACCCCUUUCUUAAGUAUUCGGAACACUGAAGCGAUGGACACAGACUCACCCCCCCUGUAUCGUCCAGCAGAGAGCAGGACUUACUAUUCCUUCGACAGAUGCAGCGCGCAGGGAGACAGCCGCCUCUCACACCCCACCAGGUCCAGCCAAGACACGGCACCACCUUAGAG